CACAUCUUUUGGUGCAGUGGCAGUGAGAGAACGAACGUGAGACAAGCACCAGCACACAGCAGUCUCGCGCCAAUAUGUUCACCGUGCAUCGGGAGACGCACGAGCCAUCGGCAGUGCGACAUGCCGUGCAGGCCCGCUUCCUCGAUGGCCAGCGAGUGAACCUCGUGACUGUUCAGGGCAAUGUCCUCUCCGUGUACAACCUCGUGCAAGCCCAGGGCGCCGCAGACAAGCGGUGUCACCUAGAAGCCGACAUCUCAUUCACCCUCGACGGCGUCCCGCAAGACGUAGCCACUGUGCGACCCCGCGGCAACUCCCGUGACCUUCUCAUCUUCACCUUCAAGGACGCACGCGUCGCAAUCGUGCGGUUUGACCCGAAGAUGCGGGACCUGGAGACGGUAUCGCUGCACGCGUUUGAGGAUACGGACACAAAGCUUGGCGGCUGGCACAGCGAGCAGCGGCUGCGCGUGUGCGUGGACCCUUUGCAUCGGUGUGCGGCCCUGAUGGUGUACGGAUGCAAGCUCAUCGUGAUCUCCUUCAGCUCCGGAACUGCCACAGCAGCCCCGGAAGCAGACACCCAAGAGGACACGGAGCAAUCGUUUACGAGCCGCGUCAUCGACCUGCUGUCGCUGCCGAGCACCAUUGGGCGGGUGGACGACAUGGCGUUUCUCGACGGGUACGACGUGCCCUGCCUCGCCAUCCUCCACCAGCCGCGACCAGCAUGGGUCGGUCACAUGGCCAAGACGAAGGACACGGCGCACGUGACCGCGCUCAGCCUCGCCCUUGACGAGAUGACAGCGAGGCGAGCGCCAACAGCACCCCCGCCACCACCGCCACCAGUCGUGUGGCACCAGGAGAACCUGCCGUCGGACACGUUUGCACUGCAGCCCGUGCCCGCACCGCUGGGGGGCGUGGUCGUCAUUGGCGUGAACGUUCUCUUCUACGUCACGCAGUCCCUGGUGCGCUCGCUCGCCCUCAACGGCUACUCCCGCGCCUCCACAAACGCCCCAAUCCAGGAACAGACUGGGAUCAGUCUUGAUCUGGAUGGCGCGCAUCACGCGCUGUUGACGCCGACGCAGAUCCUCUUCGCCCUCCCAUCGGGCGACAUCCACCUUCUCACCAUUGUGUGCACUGACGUGACGGUUGACGGGUUGCGCAUGGACAAGUUGGCAACGUCUGUGAUUGGAUCCGAUAUUUGCACCCUCGGCCGCCGGCACAUCUUCAUCGCCUCUCGACACGCCACAUCGCUUCUGCUCGAGUGGGCGCCAAUCCCGCUCUCUGCCACCACACACAUCGACGUCUCGGGCGUGUCUGGGCGAGAUGACGCUGGGCUGUACGGCACCUCGUCUGACUCCACCGCUGCGCUCAACACCAGCGCGAGUCGUGACGGCAGCAGCACUGGCGGCGAUGACCUCGAUGAUGUGUACGGCGAUGUUGUUGACGGCGGCACCACCGGCGCUCAUGGUAUCGGCAGUGGCGGUCGCGUCAUGACGGUGAAGCUCAUGGCCAGGGAUGCCCUCCCCACCGUCGCUCCAAUCAAGUCAACAGCCGUGGGCACAAGUGCUCAGGGCGUGGUGCCGCACGCCGACCCGCGCUCCCAGUACGAGCUCGUCUCCUGCAUCGGUCACGACAAGAACGGCGCCCUCGCAAACAUCUCAUACUCCCUCAAGCCACAGGUGCUGCUGACUGAGGACGCGCUGUCGUCCGUGAAAGACUGCUGGGCCGUCCACUCCAAUAACUCCAAGCACCACACACACGUCGUCUUCAGCAAGCCGAAGAAGACGAUGGUGUUCCGGGUGGCGGGCGACUUUGAGCAGCUGCGGCACCCGCGCGGUUUCGACACGGAGGCCAGCACCGUCUUCGCAGGCAACGUCAUGGGGCGGCAGCUGGUGCUGCAGGUGACGGCGAAACACGUGAUGCUGCUUGAUGACCGGGACUGCGUGUUUGAUGAGCGCAUGAAGAAGGGCGUGCGCAUCACAAAGGUCUCUGUCGCCGACCCGUACAUCGCCCUUCUCCUCAACGACGCAACAACGAAGGUGUACGAGGUGAAGAAGAGCAAGUCGGGCUUCUUCCUGCACCCUCUCCCAUACAUAUCACCGAAUUCGGAUGUGCUGUCGCUGUCUGUUCUCCGGGACACGUCUGGCCUGUUCUCCCUCUACAGCCGCGAGCAGCUGCAGAUGAACGCCUCUGUCCGCACCACCACCGCCCAAGCCGCCGGGGGAAAGGGCGUGCCUGCUAGCAAUGCCACGCACGCCAACAGCAAUGGCGACAAAGGCAGUGGUGACGGCGAUAAACAUGAUGGCAGUGAUGACGAUGAUGAUGACAACCUGUACAGUGCUGACGUUGACGCGAAACCGGCAUCCCCAAUGCAUCCGGACAACACAACCACGACAACACAGGCGACCGCGACUGCGACUGCUUCGGCUGCGAAUGGCGACGAUGAUGAUGAGGUUCACAUUCGCGCAGUGCACGAGCCCUCAUAUUGGCUAUUCACCUGCGACAAGAACGGCGUUCUCUCCAUCUUCCAGGUGCCGGAUAUGCGGGAGGUAUUCUGCUGCACGGUCUUCUCUGUCCUUCCAAACGUCGCCUGGGACUCGGUGUAUCGGAAAGAGAUUGGACCCGUUGAAUUGGAGCCUGAAAUGCCGCUGAAGCGCGCCAAAACCAUGGACGAGAAAGGACAGUCCGUUUUUGUUGAAGCGGACGAGGAAGCGGACGAUGAGUCCGGUAGUGCACAGGCGGAGGAGGACGAGCAGGACCGAUUGCAGCGCAAGGAGAUGACGAUUGUUGAGCUGCUGGCCAUUGGUCUGGGCCGCGGAUCAAGGCCGCACCUCUUCCUCAGAAACGAAACCCAGCACGUGAUUGUAUACGAGAUUUUCACCUCCAGCUACAAACGCCAUGAAAAGUAUGAAGGGCGAUUGCAGAUCCGCCUGCGGAAAAGGCACCAGCACCCGACAUGGAUUGACGAGCGCUUGGCCCAGUCGUCAUCGAUACCGCCUGCUGCGUUCCGGCCGUUUGCGGACAUCAGCGGGUGCGAUGGCGUCUUCGUCUGCGCUCGCCGCCCGUCAUGGUUCAUGUGCGACCACACACACAAGGUGGUGCGGCACCACGCGAUGCGGUUUGACGGCGCUGUGCAGUGCUUCACACAGCUCAAGCACGCCAUGCACACCAGCUGCUUCCUCUACUUCACGGGCAAGGGCGUGAUGCGGAUGGCAACGACAGCGGCGGGGCAGGUGCUCUCAACGCCACUACCAUCGCGGCGCACCCCAAUCAAGGCGUCGGCGUGCUAUGUCGACUUUGACCCGGAGAGCGGCGUGUAUGUCGUCGUGCUCAAGCACAAGGAGCCGUGUGCACAUCUGCCCAAGUUUGGACCCCCAAUGGAGGAGGCACCAGCGGUAGACAUGAAGUUUGCGUCUGAUGAGCCGUUGCCGCAGCGUGAACGGUAUUCCAUCUGCCUCUUCUCCUGCGAGGACUGGCAGCUCGUCCCAAACAGCCCGGUUGAGAUACCGGCAGACCACCACGUGACGGCGUUCAAGGUCAUCAACAUUUCUUCGGAGCGCCAUCUCACGGGGAAGAAGCCGUGCGUGGCUGUUGGCACCACCCCCGUUCUCGGCGAACGAAACCUGGAACGCGGCCUGCUGCAACUCUACGACGUGCUUGAGGUUGUUCCAGAGCCGGGCAAGCCAACAACGAAAAACAGGCUCAAGCUGAUGCUGAGUUCUGAUGAGACGGGUGCUGUGACUGCGCUCAACUCGAUCGAGGGUUAUGUCAUCGGUGCCCUUGCUCGCCGCGACGGCCCAAAGAUCUUUGUGUGGCGCGUGGAGGACGAUGAGAAGUUGCAGCCCAUCGCGUUCCUCGAGGGAUCGAUGUUCACUGUGACGCUAAAGGUGGCACUCAACUUUGUGAUCAUCGGUGAUUACAUGGGCCGCGUCAUGCUUGCUCGCCUCAUCAAGGAUGAGACGCUGAAGAUUCUGAAUCUGAGCAAAGGCACAACGAGCCAGGCGCUGCUGCAAGUUGGCCGCGACGUCGCUCCAACCAGCGUGUAUGCGGCAGACUUUAUUGUUCGCGGUGCUGAGUUGCACGUGCUUUUCCUCGAUCAGCAUGCAAACAUGACCAUCCUCGCAUUUGACAGCGAUGACCCCACAACGCGUGGAGGGCGGAUCUUGAAGCGGCACUCCGUGUACAACACGGGCCACCAGCGCAUCGUCGCGCUCACCCGCUUGCAGAACGUGCCGCCAAGGAACAGCCGCAACGCAACCGUUGAUGCCCACUUCCUCACAUAUCAGACGCUUGAGGGCGGUGCAGGGUACAUCACGUCCAUACCAGAGGAUAUUUUCAGGCGGCUGAUGCUGCUACAGUUGCGACUGCUGCCCCACCUCAAGUUCCGCGCUGGCCUCCAUCCAAGCGCCUUCAAGAAAUACAAGAGUGCGUCGCUGCAUAUGGUGCACCAGGAAGUGCGGACUAUUUGCGCAGACGUCUACACGCGCUUGUUCAUGCUUGAUCUUGACGCGCAGAAGGAGGUGGCACGGCAGGUGGGAACAACCACCAAACAGCUGUGUGACGACUUUCUCUUUAUCGAGGACUCUGUAGCGUGGUUCUAGCUGCCAGCCGCUGUCUUCUCUCGCGUGCUCGUCUGCGUGUGUGUGUGUGUGUGUGUGUGUGUGUGUGU